GGGGGAAAAUAAGAAAGCCAACUUUUGCGUACAGCGAUAGACUAGAAAUUAGAAUAGAUACCUUACUCAUUUAUACUCCUUACUUAUUUAUUUACUUACUUUAGGUACUUACUUACUUACUCCCUCCCAAUUACGUUAUGGCGCCCAAUUCCCGUCUCAUCCUCACCCGUCACGCUCAGGCCGAGCAUAAUGUCGACCUAGACUACAGCAUCCACGAUGCACCACUUACGCCUCUCGGCAAGAAACAAGCCGCGUCACUGCCCCGUCUAAUCCCAGACCUACAGAACGAGGCCGACGUAGUCAUCUCGUCGCCUCUACGGCGCACCCUGCAAACCACGUACCUGGGCUGGGCGCCGGCCGUCGAGCGUCUAGGUGGGCCGAAAAAAGUGGUGCUCCUACCUCAAGCGCAGGAAUGCAACGCCCUCCCGUGCGACACGGGCUCGGCGAAAGAGGUCCUCGAGGCGGACCCCGAGUUCGCGGUGUUUGAUCUUACGCCGCUGACGCCGGAUUGGACUAGCAAGAAGGGCUUCUGGGCCCCGAGCGAGGAGGCGCUGACGGCGCGCGCUCGUUGGGUUCGUCAGCAUCUGCGUGGCAGGACUGAGAGGAAUAUCGUGCUUGUUGCGCAUGGCGAUAUUCUUAGGCGGAUUACGGCGCAUCCGCGGACGGGGCCUAGUGAUUACCCCUGGAAGAACGCCGAGGUACGGAUCUUCGAGUUUGACCCGCAGUACGUCGAUACCGAAGAGUGCUUCCUAUACCAGAAAGAAAAUGUCGCAGCUGCUGGCGGCUACGGGCCGACAAGCACGGAGCUAGAGAUUGGGCAAGUCGAGGGAAGACUAUAGAGGUUUUAACGAUCGGACGGCUACGAAGAAUCGAGGUGGUUAGCUGUACUACUUCGACUUAGACUCCCAUAUUCAGAUUAGAUGAUAGAAUAUAGAUGACUUUGAUUCCAAUAAGGGGC